CGACUCGUUGCAUCCAACGACUAUCCUGCUGGUCGGGAUUGAGAUAUCGAGUCGUUGCUCUGCUCUGCAGCUUCAUUCUUCCCCUUUCACCGCGUAACGCCGUCGUGCCUCUGGCUUCGGGUGUUUCUAUUCGUGGGUCGCAACACGGAAAAAGACCGGGCUCCUCGGUAUAUGGUCUAUCUCAGUGUGGACAGACCGAUUGACUCGUCGCAUCAACUACUGGGUUACAGCGCCUCAACCGCAACUCGCUUCUAGCCACUAUUCUCUUCCUACCUCGAAGCACGAACCACGAAUUGCGAACCACUUCAUGAUGUUCAACCCCAACAUCCACGGCCCCCGUCCCGGCCACGACCAAGACGACCCCAUCGUCCUCGACGGAGACGAAGACCUAGGAAACCAUCUCGAGCCGCACUUCGACUCCGACACCGACGACUCCUCCGAAUCGGUCAGCAGCAGACCAAACGACCGCAACCGCCUGCCGGCGCAUGUCCUUGCACAGCAGCAGUUAUCCCAGCUGCAAUGGCCGCAACAUGACAGACCCUCCAACCAAUCCACUACCAUCACCACCACAACUAACGACAAUAAUAACACCCCCAACCCACCCCGCACCACGAGCACAACCACCGACACCAAUCCCACCACCGAAACGCAAACCCUCUACCACGCCUCCCUCGAGCAAGACAAAAAGCACCGCAGCCGAGUCCGCGAAGAACGCCACGCCGCGCUCUGCGUAUUGAUGGAUAGGGAGCUACUGACUGUUCAGGCAUUAGCAGCGCAUGAGACCAUCCCCCAAACCCGCCGCCGCUUCCUCGCCAAACUUCUCAGCCCAGAAGACCCCGAAUCCGCCACGACCUUACAAGCCGAUCGCUUCAUUAUCCAGCACCCGACCCUGCGAAGCUCGCGCUCACGAUCCCACUCACCGCCGUCAAGGUCUGGUUCUGUCUCGGUGGGUGCUUCGCUUCCGGGGUCCCCUGCCGCUGCAUCGGCCACUACUACUACUAUUACUCCCGGUGGCAUUUCUACCCCUGGUCCCUCUGGUGCUACGACGCCCGGUGCUACGACUCCCGGGGUAGACGAAAGGCGAUCCCGGAUCGGAGUGGGGAUUGGAAUUGGCGGACCGAUCACGACAACGGGGUUGAUUGUUCCGCGCCGCGUCGAAGACGUCUGUGAGACGGAUGAGGGGGGGUGGAGGCGGCCUGUUGUUGAUCAGCGGGAGCGAGAUCGAGGAGGCGCAGGGACGAACCGGGGGUCUCCGGCGGGGUCGACGUUGUCGUCCUCGUCGGCUGGGAGAGCCAAGGGCGGGGGAAGAAGUAGUGCUGCUGCUACGGCGGGGUCGACGCCCGAGAGGAAUGGGAGGAGGGUUAAAGGGCGGUCUCAGCGGGAGAGGGAAAGGGAGAGAGGGAGGACGAGGAGGGGAUUGGUUGGUGCGGGGUCGAUUCUCUGA